AUUGUUGGCCCCGCGUGAACGCGCAUGUUUUUUUUUUUUUUACUUUGUUGGCGUUUAGAUUGCGGUAAAUGUACCGAAUCAAAGCACCGACUACCCCAAGACCGACUAUCUUUGCCAUGAAAUGCGGUCUUUGUUUCCCGCCUACGUACAAACGGCCAUUGUAUGUUCGUCAUUUUUGUGUUCCUAAAUUACUUUCAUAUAAAACUGAAUACCGCGGGUGUGGUUCUCGUCAGACAAUAGUUUCGUAGUGUAAUUUCGGUGCUUUAUAAAUUCGGAUUGCCUACGAAAAGAAGGGGUAUGGAAAAUCAGGCAUGAGAAUGGGCAGCCAUGUCCUGACGUCAUCAGGCGACAUCACGGGGCCCUUUCGAUGUAUGGCAGGCGCACGCUAAACCAUUCCAUUUGUACUUCAUCUGUGUAUUUCUCACUCUCUCUAUACUAUUUCACAUUGUAUUGUACUGGUGAAAUUACUCCCAGAUGGAGGAGGUCGACGUUGACCCGAUAAUUACAAAUAUCCCAACAUCCAGACAUGGGAAGCAUUUGGGUUUUGCUUGGGGUCCAGGAAAUAUCCUUGUGUAUGAGACCCUUUACAAACAACCGGGUGUAUCCUAUCCAAUGCCUGCUUGCUUCUGCCCUCCGUUUGCAGGCGGUUUGGGGUCAUGCAGCUCCUCCAUCCACGACGUCAGGAAGGACGAAGACAUUUACUCUCCCAUUUUACGCAAACUCUUCAAUGAGUCACACCACAUCUUUGUUGGCCUCCAAACAAUCCAAGAGGAGAUCCCCAGCAAGAACAAGAAGUCCCAAUUUGUCAGCAUUAGUAAAAAUUAUAGAUCUAUAAUUCGAGCAUGUAUAGAAGAGCUUCAACAAGUUGCAGUUAAUACCAGUGACUCAGCGCUGUGCACACAAUAUGGAAAUCAGGUGUCAAUCCUGUUGGCCAUUGAACUGAUCUGGAAUCUCUGUGAAGUGCUCUUCAUUGACGCUGCAGGCCCUCUGUUGCUCCACCUGCUAAACUGGGUGAGGUUGCACAAGGCCGAUGUGGACGAGAAGGCCAUGCAUGUGCUGCGAAGCGAGAGUCCCGCUGAACACCGCGACUACUGGGACGUGGUGGUGGGCUACGUGGUGCAGGGGCGCUUGGAGGAAGUCAGACAGUUGCUGGUGAAGCAGGCCACCCUCCAGCCCGCUGCCAGGAGCAUGUUCAAGCUGAUGGACAACCUGCUCAGCAAGAUGCCCUUCUAUCAUCCCGGUGGCACCCAGACAUCGACAGAGUUUGACAUCAAGUGGCGACACUGGCACGAGGAAGUAGACCGCUGCCUCCAGGACAACUCUUUUGCCAGCAACCCACACCUGGAACUCAUAUGCAAGAUCUUAGUGGGAGAUGAAGACACUUUGCUGGAACAUAAAGAACUUGUUGGCACCUGGUACCACUUUCUGGUCACAAGGUUGCUCUACAGCCACCCCACAGUCAAAUCCACAGAGCUGCAUUUCUACGCACAGUCCUGCAUGACCAUGUUUCUAGACCCCAGGAGCGUGCCAGAAGCCUUGGACAGCAUUUUAUUAGCUGCUUUUGAGUUUGACAUACAUCAGGUCAUUAAGGACUGCAGCAUUGCCCUGAACAAUUGGUGGUUCGUGGCCCACCUGACAGAUCUACUUGAUCACUGCCAGCUCCUUCAGUCCCACAAUUUGCACUUUGGCUCCAACUUGAGAGAGUUUCUGUUGUUGGAGUACGCAUCUGGUCUCUUCACUCACCAUAGUCUGUGGCAGUUGGCCGUGGACUACUUUGACCACUGCCCUGAGUUUGGCCGCGUUUACCUGGAGCUGCAGAUGGAGCGCAUACCCUUAGACACGGAGCGUAAAGCCCUCAAGGUGCUCAGGAUCUGUGAGCAACGGCAGAUGUCAGAGCAAGUGCGCAGUAUUUGUAAGAUCAUGGCCAUGCGUGCUCUGAGGAACAACAGACUCGGUUCCGCUCUCUCCUGGAGCAUCAGAGCCAAAGACGCCGCCUUCGCCACCUUGAUUUCAGAAAGGUAUUUACAGGAUUACUCUGCCAGAGGGACCUUUUCCGAUCUGGACCUCAUCGACAAUUUAGGUUCGGCAAUGCUGCUCAGUGACAGGCUUACAUUCCUUGGGAAGUACCGUGAGUUCCACAAGCUUUACGGCGAGAAGCACUUCAGGGAGGCGGCCAAGCUUCUCCUCUCCUUGAUGACUGCCAAGAUCGCCCCCAGAAGCUUCUGGAUGACUCUACUGACAGAUGCCCUGCCCCUGCUUGAGCAAAAAGAGGUCAUUUUCACUGCAGAGCAAACCUACGAGCUUAUCUUCUGUUUGGAGGAACUCACCUCCUCAAACUCCGCCACCGCUGCUUCCACGACCGACGCCCCCAUGCAGGAGGAAGACUUAGAGGUGACCAAAGUGGAGCUCCUCAGACUGGCCCUGGCCCGCAACUUGGCCAGGGCCAUCAUCAACGAAGGCACAGUGCAAAUGUGAACACUCGGCUCUUUUUCUACCGUUUCUAUUCAUUUCCAACUAAAAUCCUGUUUGAUAACCAA